AGAAGCUUAUGUAUUGACUAGCAGCGGUUUGUUCCCUCUAAUUAGUUAGUCGUUUUCGCCGUUCCAUUCCGUAAUUACUGAUGUCGGAGCCCAUUAAAGUCUUGUUAACAGGUGCAGCAGGGCAAAUAGGCUAUUCCCUUGCGGGGAUGGUCGCUCGUGGAGACAUGUUUGGACCUCAGCAGGAGGUUAUUUUGCAUCUCUUCGAUAUCGAAGCGAUGGUUGAAUCUUUGAAGGGAUUAAAAAUGGAACUUCAAGAUUGUGCAUUUCGACUGUUGAGAGAUGUUGUUGUUUCACACUUACCUGAAAUAGCUUUUGAUCAAGUCGAUGUUGCUCUUAUGGUUGGUGCAAUGCCUAGGAAGGAGGGAAUGGAACGCAAAGACCUACUAAAUGCAAACGUCAGCAUUUUCAAGCAGCAGGGUCGAAGUCUUGAUAUGUACGCCAAAAAAACUGUGAAAGUGUUAGUUGUGGGUAAUCCCGCCAACACAAAUGCGUUGGCGAUGAUGAAAAAUGCCCCUUCCAUUCCGAAAGAAAAUUUCAGUGCGCUCACAAGACUUGACCAUAACCGUGCUCAAUCAUAUAUCGCUCAACGACUGGGUGUCCCAUGUGAUUCAGUUAAGAAUUGUAUAGUCUGGGGAAAUCAUAGCAACACUCAGUUUGUGGAUGUUAGUCAUGCUGUGGUAAAAAAAAACGGGAAAGAAAUUCCUGUAUACGAUGCAAUCAAUGAUGAGCAUUGGAUUAAAAAUGAGUUCCUAGGUGCUAUCCAGAAGCGUGGUGCUGCUGUUAUAUCGGCCAGGAAGCUAAGCAGUGCUUUUUCUGCAGCGAAAGCUAUCACUGAUCAUAUGCAUGACUGGUGGUUUGGUACGAAACAGGGUGAAUGGGUAUCAAUGUCCGUCCUGAGUGACGGUUCUUACGAUGCUCCAAAAGAUGUCAUCUUUAGUUUCCCUGUUCAGAUUGAAAAUAGACAGUGGAAAAUAGUCCAGGGUCUGAAGUUCGAUGACUGGGCCAGAAGCAAGUUCUCUAUUACUUCUGAGGAGCUACAGGAAGAACGUGUUGCUGCCUGUCUCAAUUAAAUAAACUGAUUUUAGUCGUUGCUGAAGUCAUGGAAGUUCUGUAUGAUUUGAUUCUUCCAAAAAUUAAGUGACAUUGCAGUUGUAAUGCAAAACUAAUUAUUUCACAAUGCUGUUUAAAAUCCUGACAGUGAUAUUUUACCGCAAACUCAGGUACCUUGUUUUUACCCAAUAAUAUUUAUUAGUCUCGUA